AUGAAGAUGUUGAAGAAGAGGAAGAAAUAUUUUCCAUUUUAUGGGAUUUUGGUGGACAGUCCGUUUACUAUGCCACCCACCCAAUCUUUCUAACAGAGAAAGCGAUCUACAUUUUAGCUUGCGACCUAAGUCGUAAUCCCCACGACAAAGCAGACACUCUAGUCAGAAAAGGACUCUAUAGGAACAAAGAAGACAUUUGCAACAAGACAAACCUAGACUACCUUGAUUUUUGGCUGUCAUCUGUGUAUUCUUUGGUCGGUCCAGAUGCUAUUGGCCAGGACACCUCUCCGUCAGACACCACAACUGCGAGAUUGCCCCCAGUUUUUUUUGUGUGUACUCACGCCGAUGAACCCUACUGUAGUACCACUGAUCCUAGAGAUCUGGCGGUCGAUAUCUAUGGAUUUCUCCGAAGCAAGCCUUAUAAAAGCCAUUUGUUUAAGGAUGUUUUUGUUGUCGACAACACGAAAUCAGGAAGCCGAAAUGGUUGUCCAGAGGUAACACGCCUCAGAGAAAAGUUGUUGUCUGUUGCCCAAGGUCUUCCUCAGCUGAAGGAGGCAAUCCCAUUAAAGUGGUUAAAGUUUGAAAAUAUUCUUCGGCUGUUACGUGAAGACAAUUGCAAAUUGAUGGCCAUUGGCGAAGCUAGGCAGAUUGCCACUGAUAAGUGCGGGAUCGAGCACGAUGAACAGUUUCGGACUAUGCUUGACUUUUUGCAUGAUCAAAAGGUUCUGAUUCAUUUUAACGAAACACAACUAAACAACUUAGUGAUUUUGGACCCCCAGUGGCUCAUUGAUAUCUUCAAGAAGGUAAUCACUAUUAGGCGUUACGAGUAUACAGAAGACAACGUUGAACGGUUUUGGCUCAAGCUGCAGGAGACUGGUAUCCUAGAUGAAAGGCUUCUGGAUCACGAGUGGAAACAUUUGAUUGAUAAAUACAGUAAAGAAACCUGUGGGAGCCUUAUCACGAUAAUGGAGAGAUUCAGCUUGCUCUGUCCCUGGCCAUCUGACGGGGAAAACAUACAAUACCUUGUACCAUCCAUGUUGAUGUCUCCCCCUACAAAUGAAGUCUUGGAGCUCCUUGCUUCUGUGAGAACGCCUUCACUUUUUGUGAGGUUUGAAGUAGGCCGAGUGCCUCCAGGCUUGUUCACACGACUAGUACUCCAGUUUUACCAAUGGUGUCACGAAGAGUGGAAGAGUCAGAAACAACCAGAGCUGUUCAGAAACUUUGCUCAGUUCCACAUCCUUCCUGAUGAAGGAACCUCUGCCAUUAUCAUGUGCCAUUCUUCCUCUAUCGAAAUCAUUAUUCACGAUGGAAGCAGUAUUUCGGAAGCGAUAUUAACAGAUGUAACUGGUUUUAAUCCUGGUCUGACCACAAGUCGUAAAAUACAUUGGCAACUGAGACUGAUUCUCGAGUGUAUGCGCAGAGAGUUUAGCUGGCUGAAGAACAUGAAAUACGAAAUGUGCAUCUGUUGUCCAGUGUGUUCGCAGAAAGGUUCUCCAAAAUGUCUUUCUCAUGACGUGCGCGGCUGUGAGUGUCUUCACUUGUUGUCAGAAUCCGAGCUGCUACAAUGUCAAUACUGCACCCAACCUGGUUUGCGUGGAGAUUGCAGAAUUUGCAUCAAAAUGUUUGCACCUUGGUUUUCAUUUGCAGGCCCUAAAGAGGGCAGGACUCCAGUUAAUCAGGUGGGUUUCUAUCUGUGUACAUCAGUGUACAAUUUAUACUCCUGGAAUACCACUACAACUACUAAAGCAAUCUCUCAGUUUACAAUCUUGGAUAUACGCAAUGAAAGCAUAAGCUAUUCCAGGCUGGGCAAAAGGCAUAAAUCUUGUCUCCGUGACCUGAGUUAACCAUAGAAGAAGAUAUUGUUAUCGUAUGUUAGAAUUUAGUGCUUAUGAAAAUUACUUACAGAAAACAACAACAACAAUUUCUUGGGGUUUUCAAAUGUAUAUUCAGAAUUCUUUUGUUGUGUAUAAGAUGUACAAGAAAUAUCGAAAUAGACUUAACAAAGUUAAAUAACCAGCAAAGAAUAGUUAUUUCAAUAGUAAAUUUAAUGAAGCUAAAGUUAAUAUCAGGGCUACAUCAACAAAUUAAAAGAGAGUGUAGCACACACAUCAUUUCAAACAAAAUGAACAAACAGUCACUGAUCCACAUUUGAUAGUCGAAAAUUUCAAUGACUAUUUUGUAAAAAUAGAACCAAAUCUGGCUAAAGAAAUACCAACCCAUCACAAUUCCUUUAGAAGUUUUUUUUAAAGCAAAGAUGUUCUGCUUCAGUGUUUCUAGAUCCAGUAACAGAUGACGAAGUUUUUAACGAGAUAAAACAAUUAAAUGUAAAUAAGUUCAGUGGCCAGAUGCACUUAAAAUUGCCCUUGUAGCACCAGUAUAUGAGGCAAUGAUAAGUAUACUUUUUCGAAUUACAGCCCAAUAUCCGUAUUACCUUGCUUCUCUAAGAUACUAGAAAAAACUAUGUAGAAAAGAGCUAUUAGGUUUAUCAAUAAGCACGAUCUUUUGUCCAGAUAUCAUUAUGGAUUCAGGGCAAGCCACUCUACUCAGCAACUGGCCAUAGAACUUGUUGAUAAAUUAACACAGGCAAUUGAAAGAAAUAAAUUUACACUUGGAAUAUUCUUAGAUCUUUCAAAGGCAUUUGAUACUGUGAAUCAUGAUCUUUUGUUAGAUAAACUUGAAUACUAUGGAUUCAGGGUGCUCUGUAUUAGAAUGUUUUCCUAACUAAUUAAGAAAUAGAAAACAAAUAGUUCAUUAUAGAUCAGUUAAGUCAAAAAGUUCCAUCAUUAUUACUGGUGUGGUUCCCCAGGAGUGUACCUUAGGCCCCUUGUUGUUUUUAACAUCUGUUAAUGACUUUUCAGAAAGUUCAAGUUUGUUAUCAUUUUUGUUGUUUGCAGAUGAUACUAAUUUAUUCAUCAGUGACAAAGAUAUUAAGAAAUUGUGACAAUGCUAAUUUAGAGCUUUGUAAAGUUGCAAAUUGGCUGGCUGUCAACAAGUUGUCAUUAAAUUUGAAGAAAACAAAUUUCGUAAUUUUUAGAGCAAAGACCAAAAAGCUGACAAACAUCUUAAGUACAAACAUCGGCAAUCAGAAUAUUGAGCAGGUAAACACCACAAAUUUCUUAAAAUUGAAUAUUGACCAAGAUCUCUCGUGGAAACACCAUAUUAAGAAAGUAGUAAUGAUAAGAGAAAGGAAUAAUGAUAACAGCAAGGCAUUUCUUACUGCUAAAAAUAUUGCAAACAAUUUAUUACGCCUUAGUUUACCCUUAGUUGACUUACUGUAAUAUCGUAUAGGCCAGAGCGUUUCCAACAAGGCUCGAGGAUAUAUAUGAUUCAAAGGAAAAUCGUUAGGAUUGCAACGUUUUCGAAAUUUACACCGGAAACAAGGCCCGUAUUCCAUUUUUUGUAUUUACUAACAAUAUAUGAGUUAAACUCUUAUCUUUUGGCAUUAUUCAUGUAUUCUUACUUUAGAGAACAGUAUGCCGCCAUCUUUUUCAGAUUACUUUUCGGAGAAUAAUACUAUUCAUUCCUAUAAUACAAGGUCCGCGAACAAAGUAUACACUAAGUAUGAAAGAACUAAUUAUAGACGUUUCUCAGUUAGAUACACAGGUGCUAUGAUAUGGAACAGUUUGCCAAAUACUUUGAAGGAAAUUAAGUCAUUGCAGUUGUUUAACAGAAAAUUGAAAUGUUUUGUUCAACAGAAAUAAACUGACUCUACAUAGUGGAACAUAUAAAGUGUAAUACUCUUGCUGCUUAGUAAUAUACAAGGCCACCAUAUUCGAUACGAAUGCAGGGGUGGAUCCAGGAUUUUUUUAGGAGGAGGUGCACUCGUCUAUUGCUCUACUUCAACACCAAUAAACCACAUAGAUUUUUUUUUUUUUUUAGCAGAAUACCAAUUGUAUUAGAAAACCGCAGGUCAUCUCAGGGGAGGGUGCGCACCCCCUGCACCCUCCCCCUAGAUCCGCCCCUGGAAUGUUUUAAAUACAUAAAUUAAAGAGGACCUCCCUAGAAAAGCUCAGCUCAGCUUGCAGAGAUCUCCUGGCAAUAGAUUAUGUUAUAGAUGUAAUACAUUAGUUAUUAAGUGCAAAUAAAAGAUUGAUUGAUUGAUAUAAUUUUCAAUCAGCGAAGUGUAUAUGGAUGCAGUGACGUGGGAGAAAGAAUUUCUGAAACUUUCCGAGAAGAUGACAACAGUGUUAAGUCACUUUACAAAGGUCAGUUGUAAAUUUCCAAUUCUGCGCGUUUUCUUAUAAUAUUAUACUUUUGAAAUCAAUUUAUGAUAGCAAUCACUCGGAGUUUUCUAUUUUAACUUGUUUCUUUGUUUUCUAGAGAAAUCUCUUGCUCUUCGCCAUGAUGUUCUUCGGUGCAUUCAGACUGAGUCGAGUGACCCCAAGGAAAUUGUAGUUCAAUUUCAAGAGUGUCUUCAGCUAACUCCAGCAGAUCUGAAAAAUCCAGAGCCCGAGACGCAGAGAUGGAUUCGGUAUCUCGCUAAUGAAGCUAAAUCUCAAAACAGAAGCGAAAUAAUUGAGUACUUAAGGACGAUAGUACCUGCCGGUACAACAGGUACGCCCGCAAAAACAACCAGGGGGACCCAACGAUGGUUUCCUCCCAAAUACAUUAAAAACACUUUUAGGCUAUCUACAAUACUCGUCACAAAUCGUUGAAACAGACACCGCUUCCCUUGAUUUUUCUAGAAAAUUAUUGAGAUUUACUCCUCACACUUUUGUUCUCACUGUAAUGUGCCUUCUCCCUCCCCAGUGUUGAGCCACGCCUAUUUUGAAGGACUGAGACCGCUGUAAUACCCAAAUCAACAUUGGGGAAGGGGAAACGCACACAAGUGUUUCAAGAUUUUUGACGAGGAUUGGAUUGUAGGGUAUUUUUAGAUAUCUAGAAAUGUAUUCUCAGUGGCGCUAUAAAGUUUGUAUCUGUUCGGUCUUCCAAUGGCAACUUAAGUCUUUUGGAAAUCAUUGGGGCUUCGGUAUAACUUUGCCGAAAAUUUUAGAUGCAGUUUAACGUUUUACGAGAGUUACGGAAUUUUGCUAAUUCCUCUUUUCAUCGCAUUUUUGAGCCGUAAUUGUUUAGAUCUGAAAAUGCUGGGCGUUGAAAAUUUAACAAUUAAUGAAUGAGGCUGAGUAUCUUGUGAAGAGGUAUCGAGAUCGAGGAGGGUGUUAUCCGUCGAGGCCGUAGUUGUUUUAUUAUUCAUUCAAAAUAAUUCCUUGUUUAAAAACAUAGCUAAAACAUGCUUACCUCCAUCGAUGUUAAGUUCAUCUUCGAUAGUGCACGUUUAGGGUUGUUCAGCUCCGCAAAUAUUCUCCAAAUAGCAGAUGUCACCCUUCACCUGAGAUGAGGCGUUAUUAUUAUUUUUUUGUUGCUUCUUUGGCCCGAGAGAGAAAAAAAUAACGCGUGAUACAUUUAUUUAACAAGCCGUCAACCGCCCCCCUAAUUUACAUAAUCUAACGUCUCCCUUGACUUGUCCUGUUAUCAGCCAAUCAGCGUUUACCAGACGGGAUCAAAAUUUGGCGGGAAUAAUGUCUCUUUUGAAAUUAAUUUUAAGGAAAUUAAAUUUUUAAGUACGUCCAUGUUCAGAUGGCGUUUCCUAAAAAAAAAUUUAAAUGUUUUUUUUGGGGGAUGACAUGGAGCUGCCGUACCUUUAUUUAACAGCUACAAACAAUAAAGAAUUUACUGGUAAAAGCUCGUUGACUUCGUUUUGUGCCGAAAGCAGUGAAAACAAAAUUGGGCUGAAGCACCAUAUUUCAAGAACUAAAAAGUGUCGUGGAAGCGAAGAUCGCUCAGAAUGAUUCGCAGGUUUCUGAAGGAGGAGUUAAGGUCAAACCAGGUCAAGAUUCCAACCAUGAAUUGAUUAUUUGAAAAGUGAACCCGUUUGUCGCCUCUGUAACUUGUAGCCGGUAUCAAAUUGCAUUCAAAUGAUAGGUGAAUUUUUGACUGCAGCUUUUAAGUAUACGAUGAGAUGGAAAAUAUUUCAACGGAUGAAAUUUCUAUUUAGACAUUCUACAAAUUCAAGAAAACUGAGCCGGCAGAAAUUUGUUAACGAACUCGCGUGUGUAUUCACUGCUCAUUUAUACGCAAGCAAAAAUGCAGACUGAAAUCAACAACAACUAACUGAUGGCAGGAUUUUGGCCAAUCGGAACAGAGCAAAUCAUCCGUAUUGUUUCCUAUCCAAUCAGAAAAAAGUCCAGAUUCUGGCUUUUUUGCAUGUGAUCUGUAAAAGAAAUGUAUCAUGCCCUCCUCCCGAAAGCAGAUUACAGAGAUAAAGGGAGAGGGUAUGAUCGCAGGGUAGUGGUCUUAUUGCUGUUCUUUUUGUUUUUUUAGCUAUUCUUUCGACGAGUUCCUACUUUUGGAACAAGUGGAAUGUCCACCAUUUUUCUUUUCACAACCAAAACAACUCAACCUCGUCCCCAGGUCCUCUCGGUUAACGGUGCAUUAACCUGCAAGGAAGCUGUACUUUUGACGUCAUCGGUUGAUUAAUCGCAAAAUUUUUCCAAAUUUGGUUAUCAGUAGCUGGUUAUGAAUCGAAUCGGGGAAGUAUUUUGUAGGAAUAAUAAUAAUUAGUAACUAUUCCCCGAUAUAACGAGCACCUUGAUUAUUUUUCAGAAAAACUCGUUAAAUAGAGGUUUUCGAUAUAACGAACCCUCGAUAUAACGAAGAAAUUUCCCCAGCCCCUUAGCACUUCGUUAAAUCGAGGUUCCACUGUAACAAACCAGUAUUUUCACAUGUGAAGAUAUCAUGUUUUCGCCACCUUUCGGAUCUUCAAAAAAUGUUCAUGUUGACUUUAACCAACUUUGCAGCAUGUACAGAUGUAGUAGUUUGUGUUUAUACUGUGUUGUUUGGUAAAUAGGUCCCUUGUUGGAUGAAAACCUUGAUGUGCGGUGCAUUCCCUUCAAGAUAAGAAAGGAACUAACAGUUGAACUUUCUGGUAGGUGUUAUUUGUUGUUUCCACCAAGGUUCUCACAUGUUUUGCCAACAUUAAUCAACUUUGUUAUUUAGAUAUGUUGAUCCACACGUGGAAUUGUCAAAGUAAAUAUCAAGACUAAGAAGAUUAACAAAUCGGUCUAUACCGUACUCUUAUCUACCAUGGAGAUGACGUUAAAGUGUUCAAAACUCAAGCGUUAAAAUUUCUCGGAAAAUCGCGUGCGCAAGAAAGAGGAAAAUAUUGCCCCAUCACAUCAUUUCCAUGGGCUGUAAUCUUAUCGAACACAGCUUUGGGUUAAUCAGCGAGCGAGAAAUCGUUCAGUUGCUAUAAAAAGAAUAAUUAGUAAAUGCGAGAAAUAGUGAAAAGUGAAAACUUGCCGAUAUAUGAUAGUUACAUAUUAGUGUCUGAUAUACAUGUCAGGUAUUCAAACAACAAAAGCAACAAUUGAUGUACAGAAAAAUGGUUCAAUCGAAGGUUGAGACUCCCAAGUGAAACUCCUGAAGCGAUAUUUUACGGAAAAAGACAAUACACAACAACAACCGAUUUGCCGGCCUUGAUCGUUUUGAACUUUUAUACAGACCUGAUGAAUUCAAGUCCACAAAACUUCGUUUGCUCUAGACAAAUUAAAGAAGGCUAAAUAAACGCAUUGGAGUUUGAAAGAACACAAGUCUUUUUAGGUGAUCUUUACACUGCCAUCGUCUUCGUGGUUGCUCAUGCUCCCUAUUUGAUCCCCAUACACGAUUGAAAAAUGUUUAAUCUUCGCGUAUUAAGCAAUAUUACCGGUAACUGAGCUUGACUUAAAUUGUUUAAGUAUAUGCAUACGAAGUGAUCUCAACAGAAUCAGAAAGGAAACUGUUAGCAAAAACGAUUAGUUUGAUUGACGGGUGAAUUUAUGCGUGAACAUAAAAGCCGAAAACAGUAGAUGCGCAGAAGUUAGAUCUUAAGAGUGUCUUCACACAUGGCAAAUCAUUACAGGCGACAAGAGGAGCCCUCAAUCCUAAUCUCUAGGGUGUUUUACGCAUGCGUCGCAUAUAUGUUGCCAGCAUUCGUUUGGACUUCCACUAAGAAUGAAUGGAAUGCACAUAACGCAAUUUGAUCACGCGCGUUUGGACCUUCGAUCACUCGUAAUCUGAUCACGCGUGUUUUGACCGUCUGUCACGUGAAACUUUCGCAAAGCACACAGUUGGAGCAGAAGCGUUUUAACCUUCGAUCGUUGUCGCCCGCACUCCGUAACCUUUGGUUAUUAGAUUUACUAGUAUAGUUUUAAUCUUUUUGUAAGCUUUACCAUCAAUGGUUUGCAAUAAAACGUGGAAAGUUUAAAUUACCAUUCCCUCUACCUACCCCCGCCCCCCCCCCACCAUCUCUUCCAAAUGCUGUCAACACCGGCUACGAUCGAGGUGAGAGGAGUAUCUGCAGUGUUCUUUGCCUUCUUGCUGGCAUUUACAAUGUUCGGAAAUAUUUGUCUUCUUUUGUAUGAAGAUAUUAUCGUCCGGCAGUGAUGAUUGUAAUUUAAGCAAUUGCAAAUUAACCCGAAAUAAAAUUUCGGGACUUCAACGGGACCGGGAUUCGAAACCAUGGCCUCUGCUGAUGUGAACUGCGCAAAAUAACACAAAUUUUAUAUGAAGUUAUGAUUGUCGCAGUGGCAAGUGCAAUGAGCAGUCGCAAAUUAACCCGAAAAAAUAUUUCGGGACUUCAACGGGAUUCGAGCCUUCCAUUUUUUCUCCAUAAAUUAACUUCUAUUUAUAGCGGAGCUCCCGCGCGCGCGAAGCACCAUGGUUAAGAAAAUUUGGUAAACUAUCCAUCCGAGAAAAUUUGGUUAUGACGUAGAGUACGCCCACCCGUACACACACUUCAUGUAAGCCGAUGUCAAAUGUCACAGUAGAUCUUGCACAACUUGACUAGCCUCUUAGUUAUGUAAGCCAUCCAUAUGAGUACGAUUAGAUUGACAGCUGUCAAAAUCAGACAUCCGCUGACAAUUAUCACAUGACCAUCUCGCGGGCUCAGAUAAAAGACCAGUCGUUUUACCCCUAUAUAUAAGCUGACAUAAUAUGUCACACUUACCAAUUCAACAUAAAAACGAAACUACCCUGGGCAAGGCUGUCAGUUGAUUGACAGUCGUUUAAAGUUACAUUGGCAAGCCAAAUUAAGUUCAAUUGACAGCUGUCAAAAUGGGACAUGUGCAGACCACAAUCAGAAAACUAGUAACGUGGGCUCAGGUUCGCUCAGGUACACGAUCUGGCAUUUUCCACUACAUGCCGGACGGAUAUGUCCUACUCACACUUCGAAUAUUCGAAUAUUCGCCAUUCUAAUGAAGGUUAAUUGACAGCUGUCAAACUAGAGUAUACGCUGACCAUCAUCACCUGAGUGGAUCGCGGGCUCAUUUUUCUAUCCAUUGAGGUCACGUAGUGUUUAAAGUUUUGCGCAUAUAUUUUAUUUGAUCACAGGCUCAAUUCGAAGCCCCAUAGCUUUAUAGAAAAUCUGUCCAUCCUAGAAAAUUCGGCAAGCACGUGACCGUACACCGACCACCCGACCUUCCGUCUGUCCGCACCACAGGCAUACCAAUGUUUCUGCUGACCAGUAUCGCCUGACCGUAUCGCGGGGUCAGGUAUAGACCCUCUGAGUUCGAGUAAUUUUUUGAAGGUAUCCGCUGACAAGUUGCUACUUUUCAAAUGAUCGCAGGCUCAAGUUCAAUUUUUUUAAAAUGCAUAUGAAAUAAGUCGUGUUCAUUAGCCGCACUUUUAAAAUGUUGAUUUCGAACUGACCUCGGACACGAAAAUUCAACCGGCUUUUACAUUUAAAUGCAGGGAAGGCAAUCGCUUUUGACUUUUCUCACUGUCAUGUGUUCAUCACGCUCUACGUCCAAUUUUUGUGUUCUGAUUGGUCAAAAUUUGACAGGUGAGUUUAUGGGGAAAAUUUAUGCAGCGUCUGGAAACUUGCUUACUGAUAGCUGGAGCUGACAGAGUUUUGUGUCAUCUUGUGAUGUUUUAAACUGUCUUUUUCUACUUGGUGUACAAAAUGAAAUACAGCUGCUAUCAACAUUGUUCUGUAAUUCGUGGCUGGUUUGCUUAUUGCGCUUUUUGUUGACAAAUGCACCGCUUGUCAAAGUCAUUGGAAAUCCGAUUUCGGAUGGCAUCGUUUUCUCACUUGAGGCGUAAGAGGGUUGAAAAGUCUCAAGCGAUUCUGGAACACUUGAAGACCUUCAGAAGCAGCAUCUCGACUGGUAAGCCUGAGCAAUUAUUGUCUUUGAUGUGUUUUUUUUUCGGUUUCCUGAAGUCGAGCGUAUGUUUUAUGCGGCUUAAGUUUAUACACGAGCAAUUAUCUAACCUACAAUAGUAUCAGGUUUAAAAAGCCUUUAGACACUUUUUGACCCGCAAAUUCAAAGAAAAGGUUCCGAAGAUUAUUUAGUAAUGAUUUUGGCAGUAAACAGAAAGCUCUGAUGGAUUUUCUUGCCUCGAGUUCAUCUUGAAAAAGAGAAAACACCGGGAAGCCGGCUUAAAACAUAAAUAAGCUUAUGCUUACCUGACUCAUGAUUUUCUGAGACACUUUACUCGCAAUACUUCUCUUCGUGAAUGAAAAUUAUUGCCUCUGUACAUGUUUCACCGAAUUAAAUUUAUUUUAUUGAUUGUUAGUAGUCCCUCUCGCAAUUUUUAUCGCUGCACCGGUUUUUUAUUUUUAAUUUCCAGUCGAACAUAAACAUCGCUUGCAAGAAUACUCAAAACGCCGCGCGUAAAUAUCACUCGCUUUUAAAGAUUACACAUAAAAAAAUCAUGCACAGUUUAAUGAAUAAAGGAGAGUAAAGCCUAAACAUAACAAUUUCUCUAUCAUGUUGAAGCGUGAAUGGUAACUUUUUGACCCGCAAAUUCAAAGAAAAGGUUCCGAGGAUUAUUUAGUUAUGAUUUUGGCAGUAAACAGAAAGCUCUGAUGGAUUUUCUUGCCUCGAGUUCAUCUUGAAAAAGAGAAAACACCGGGAAGCCGGCUUAAAACAUAAAUAAGCUUAUGCUUACCUGACUCAUGAUUUUCUGAGACACUUUACUCUCAAUACUUCUCUUCGUCAAUGAAAAUUAUUGCCUCUGUACAUGUUUCACCGAAUUAAAUUUAUUUUAUUGAUUGUUAGUAGUCCCUCUCGCAAUUUUUAUCGCUGCACCGGUUUUUUUUUUUUAAUUUCCAGUCGAACAUAAACAUCGCAUGCACGAAUACUCAAAACGCCGCGCGUAAAUAUCACUCGCUUUUAAAGAUUACACAUAAAAAAAUCAUGCACAGUUUAAUGAAUAAAGGGAAGUAAAACCUAAACAUAACAAUUUCUCUAUCAUGUUGAAGCGUGAAUGGUAACUCUAUUAAUCGCACUGCAAAUUUGGUGCCUGUCAAAAGUGAGAACCCGUCCGGCUUGCCGAAAAGUUAUUUGGGAAUUUUUUUUUAUCGUUUUCAUUAAAAGCCCAUAAUUAUUACCCUGCAUAUCUAGGACCAGAUUUUUCUAACUGAAAAGUCCCGGCAUUAUAGAAUUCUUUUCAUGAAAACGUUUUACAAUUCAAUGCUAUAAUUUGUUGUGCAAACGAAGCGCGUGCUUGUUCGUUGUGGAUAUUGAAUGAGUGCAAAUUCUCUUGCAAAAUUGUGAAAAACUGCAGAAUUAUAGGUUUAAAUAGAGCAAAAAAGAACAAAUUCUGUCCGAGGUCUGUAUGAUAAAAAAAGGGCCUCAUAGUACUGUUUACCUGAGACGUGAUGAGAAAAAGUAUGUUUAAAAGGCGGGUUUACACGCCACCAGAUUCGUCGCCAAGAUUUACUAGUAAACUAAACUUUUCGAACACAAAAAAUCCGGCCUGAUUUUUUUAUUUUGGCCUCCCUUUUAGACAGAGGAAUGCAACCUGUAAAUUGGCUGCCACCAAGGACUAUCGUGGCGCGUGUGUUUCUUAAAAUUAUAAUUCGAGGUUAUCCAAUUAUCCAUAGUCACAUUAUGAUGCAACAGCUAAUGCAAAUACAAUACACGAAUAGGUCUAUUUGUUUUCCAGGCCUAAUCUACUGUGAUCGAACAUGAUUGCUAUUUUUCGGUGUACAAAUAAGACUAUUUAAUAACUCGAUGUAAAAUUUGUUGCACUCUUAGACGGUCAAAUUCUGAUUUUUCUCUAAAAUCACUCAGCCUUUGCCUCAAAAGUCAAAUGAAUGUGCCCUGAUCUGUGGAUUACAAUUGCAAGUUUAUUGUUUGAUUUAAAUUAUGAAUUUAUUAACGGGAGCUUCGCUUUUAGCCCUGGCUAAAUCUAUAUAUUAGGCAAAAUUGGUCUUGCGAGGAAAUCCUGUGUUCUCAAAAAAAUGACAAAGCAACCUCGUUUUCCUCUUUAGUGAUUAAUAUUGCUUCGAGCGUAUAAAAAGUCUGCUACAGUAAAUCACUUCAUAAUAAAUCAAGCUGUUCAAACACCAUGACAUCUUUUCUUACCCUCAAAAUCGUCAACACCAGGAUAUUCUUGUAUUUUCCAAAAAAACUCUGAAAAUUUGUUAAAACACCCAGUUCACGACUGCGAUUUCGUUUUGCUUUAUAUUUACCCCCCUAGCGCGUUGAAUAUUUAACAAUUAUUCCUUGAGCCCGAAUGAGCUCUGAAUGAUCAAUAGCCCAUGAGGCCGAAGACCGAAUGGGCCAUUGACUCAGAGGCCAUGAGGGCGCUAGUAAAAUCCAACUAGUUGGUCAAAGAUAUCGAGAAUAAAAAAAAAUAGCUAGUUAAAGCUGGACUUUAAUCCUUUUUUGCCGCCAGAAUGCCGGCGCUUUUCGCUACUAGUGGGCUAUAAUAUAUAGCCUAGUAGUGUAGCUCAACCAAAGAGAACGCAGCAUUGAUAAUAAACUACUAGCUGGAUUUUACUAAAACGUCAUAGUCCGAGAUAGCAAACCAAUCAGAUUGCUUGAAUCACCAAGAUCACUGAGUGUAUUUAACAAUUAUCCCACGAGUACGCGUUUGAUAGGAGAUGGUAGAUGGCCAAAGAGGCGCUUAGCGCCUCGUUGGCUAUAAUCAUCUCAUAUCCCACAAGCGCGAAUGGAAUAAUUGUUUUAUUGAAACGCCCACCAAAUAUCGAGAAUUCUUCCCGACCUUAUUUGUAAAAACAACCGAUUUUCAGCAUGUUUUUAACUUUGAGCAGACGCGUACAGUUACCAUAUUUGGAGAGCAUGGCAUAUUGGCUCAUAUACCAUAAUGUCUAAGCCAACCAGUGCUCUAGAAUUGCAUUAUCCAAUGAUUCAGUUUUUAAUAAAUUCUGCCAGAUACUUUUGUCUCUCAUAUUAAAGUGAACACAUCGUAUUUAUCACCCUUACAAAAAUUCAGGUUUUUCUUAGUGUUAAUUCAACAAGUCUUAGAUUAAAAUCAUAGCUAAGGCUAACUAAUUCUAGACAGCAGGUCUUUCCUUACAAGCGCAACUGUUUCUUUUCAUUUUUUUUAAACGUAUUUCAUUGACGAAGUUUGCCCUAAGAGUAAAAAGAAACUCAUUGAGGGGGCUCACUUCAAAUUUCCAUAUACUUUCGGAUAAAAAAGAAUCUAAAACUUUAAAUUUGUUUUUUGUUACCAGGUGGAGAUGAAUGGAAACAGCUUGCAGAGAGCUUUGGCAUGUCUUAUAACGAGAUCCGCUUGCUGGACAAGCGAACCUUCAUUCCGUGUGACGUUGUACUUGAUCUUAUAGCAAAUCACCGCAAUUUAAUCGUCGGGGAACUUUAUGACAGACUGGUGAAGAGCGGACUUCCAGGAUCAGCCGACUUACUGUAAAUUAUGAUAAAUUAUGUUUUGUUAACAGGUCUUAACAUUUUGCUUCGAGCACAUUUUUUCCCGUGCAGUUGAUCAGCCAGUCGAUAUUUAAAGAGAGGCAUUUAUGGAAGUUAAGAAAUUAACCUGUGUUUUAUAUCCUCAUUGCUCCC